AUGAUCGACAAAAAGUGGGACAAUGCAAAUACCAUCACGAGAGAGCGGCGGAUACUCCUGGCCACCAGAGCCUGCCCGUUCCUAUGCCACCUGUAUGCCGCACAUCAGUCUCAGGAGCGGGCAUAUUUCAUCACGGAGUAUCUGUCCGGUGGCAGCCUGGAGGCUUUGAUCAAUAUGUGCGGCUACCUGAAUACAGACAGCGUAAGAUUCUACACAGCAGAGCUGGUAUGUGGCCUCCAGUUCCUCCAUGGACACAACAUCGUCCACCGAGAUCUGAAGCCGCUUAACAUCAUGUUGGAUGCAGAUGGACACAUCCGUAUAAUCGACCUCGGGCUGGCCCAAGAUGGUGUCACCGCCUCCAAUAAGAUCCGUGGAGUGACGGGAAGCCUUUAUUACAUGGCCCCCGAGAUACUUCUUAGGAAAAGUUACUGCACAGCAGUUGACUGGUGGAGUCUGGGGAUUGUGGUGUCCAGGAUGGCAUCAGGACACCACCCAUUUCACUAUGGCCCCUUCCGAAAGACGGCUCGCACAGCCAUUACCACCCAUGAGCCAAACAUUCCAUCUUGGCUUCAUGCUGAAGUGCAACAUCUUGUUGCAAAACUGCUGUGCAAGAAACCUAAGAAGCGUCUCGGUGUGCGUGGCAAUAUACGGAUGCAUCCACUGUUUUCCACCAUCGGCUGGAAGGAACUGGAGGAGAGGAGGGCACGGCCGCCAUUUACACCAUUUCAGCGGGUUCUGGAGAAGCAACAUCUGUGUUGGCCGAAGGAUAAGAAAGCCCAUCACCCCGUGGCCGAAUUUAGCUACAUGUCACCUAGCUGGGCCCGGUGGAUGAGAAGAUCUGGGCUGUGAAGGAGUCCACGACCAUCUGGAUGAAAUCCUGCCAACCUCCCAGAACUUUGUGCCUCCUCCUGACCAAUGCCUCAUGUGUUUGCUGUUCUGUCACCUCGGCUGCCA